CUCACUCCUCGCAGCCUUACUGUCAACAUUUAUAUGAACUUGUAACGCGAAGUAACCCUCGUCUUUCUCCUCUCUUCUCUCUUUCAGCAAUGUGUGGUAUCCUUGGCCUUCUCCUCCACUCACCGGACGCGCAGGCGGCGCCUGAGAUCUACGAGUCCCUCUCUCUUCUCCAGCACCGAGGACAAGAUGCAGCGGGAAUUGUCACUUGCGGAACGAAGGGCAGGUUCUACCAGUGCAAAGCGAAUGGCAUGGUCAGGGACGUGUUUGAUGCGCAGAAGAUCUCGCACCUGUUUGGGAGCAUGGGCGUCGGGCACGUGCGUUACCCUACUGCCGGAUCGUCGGCGCAUGCAGAGGCACAGCCAUUCUACGUCAACUCGCCUUAUGGCAUUGUCAUGGGUCAUAAUGGCAAUCUGAUCAACACUUCUGAGCUGCGGUUUUUCAUGGAUCACGAGGCACACCGGCACAUCAACACCGACUCUGACAGCGAGUUGUUACUGAACAUCUUUGCGAACAACCUGCAAAAGACCGGCAAAUUUCGUAUCAACGAAGAGGACAUCUUUGCGGCCAUCCGUGCCCUCAUGACUGUCUGCCGUGGUGCCUACGCAUGCGUGGCAAUGCUCGCAGGAUUUGGUAUCAUCGGUUUCCGUGACCCGAAUGGCAUCCGCCCGGCGGGCAUGGCGAGCCGCCCCGGCGCUCAAGGAGGCACGGACUAUAUCCUCGCCUCAGAGAGCGUCGUGGCUGACGCGUCGGGUUUCGGUGACUGGACGGACAUUGCGCCUGGUGAAGCAGUCAUCAUCACUCGCCAGCGGGUAUCGCGUCGUAUCCUAGCGCCUGGGAAGAGCUUUGCCCCGGAUAUAUUCGAAUAUGUCUACUUUGCACGCCCAGAUAGUGUUCUGGACGGAAUCAGCGUGUAUAGGAGCAGGAUGGCCAUGGGAGAGCUUCUGUCGUACGAGGUGGAGCGUCAGCUAAAGGAGAAGGGGAUACAGGUCGACGUGGUCAUUCCCGUUCCAGACACGUCUCGCGUUGCGGCGCUCGAACUGGCACAACGGCUCAAGUUGCCCUAUCGCGAAGGAUUCGUCAAGAACCGAUAUGUAGGAAGGACAUUUAUCAUGCCUGGGCAACAGAUGAGGAGGAAGAACGUGAGGCGCAAGCUGAAUGCUAUGGCCUUGGAGUUUGUGGGGAAGAACGUGCUGCUUGUUGAUGACUCCAUCGUUCGCGGGACUACCUCGAAAGAGAUUGUCCAGAUGGCGAAAGACGUCGGCGCAGCAAAGAUCGUAUUUGCCUCGUGCGCCCCACCAAUCCGAUACAGCAACGUAUAUGGGAUUGACAUGCCCUCUCGUUCCGAGCUCGUAGCCUACCAACGCUCAAACGAGGACAUUGCGCGAGAGAUUGGGGUCGACCUCGUGAUCUACCAGACCAUGGAUGACCUUGUCAAGGCGUGCAGGAUGAUCAACCCCAAGAUUGAGGAAUUCGACUGCUCGGUGUUCACGGGCGAGUACGUGACUGGAGGGGUGGACGACGCCUACCUCGCCGGGUUGGAGAAGCUUAGGAACGAUAAUGCCAAGCUGAAGGAGGGGAAGAUGACGAAUGGUGCGGUGAAUGGAGAGUCGAGGGAGGACCCAACCGGGUGCAGCGGGCCGAUGAAUGGGGCGGAUGAUACGAUUGGCCUGUAUAACUCGUUUUAUGCGAGGAGAUAGCGGCUUGGCAUAAGCCCUGCAGGAUGCAGAUCUUUGUUCUGAUGCAAGGUUGGGUUCAAGCAUAGAUUGUACCAUUGAG